CACACUCUCCCUUUGACUAACCUACGCUACUAUUCCUCAUUUCUUCUUCCAUUUUCUUCGAUCGACGGUUCCAAUGGCCAAAGAUCCAGUUCGCGUUCUCGUCACCGGUGCUGCAGGGCAAAUCGGGUAUGCUCUUGUCCCUAUGAUUGCUAGGGGAGUGAUGCUCGGCGCUGACCAGCCUGUGAUCCUUCACAUGCUUGAUAUCCCACCAGCAGCAGAGGCACUGAAUGGUGUUAAAAUGGAGUUGGUUGAUGCUGCAUUCCCUCUUCUCAAAGGUGUUGUUGCUACAACUGAUGUGGUUGAGGCAUGCACUGGUGUCAAUAUUGCCGUAAUGGUUGGUGGCUUCCCAAGGAAAGAAGGUAUGGAGAGGAAAGAUGUAAUGUCCAAAAAUGUCUCCAUUUACAAGUCCCAGGCUUCUGCUCUUGAAAAGCAUGCCGCUGCAAACUGCAAGGUUCUGGUUGUUGCUAACCCGGCAAACACCAAUGCUUUGAUCUUGAAGGAAUUUGCUCCAUCCAUUCCUGAGAAAAAUAUUUCCUGUUUGACUAGACUGGAUCACAACAGGGCCUUGGGUCAAAUUUCUGAAAGACUGAAUGUUCAAGUUUCUGAUGUGAAAAAUGUUAUUAUCUGGGGUAACCACUCAUCAACUCAGUACCCUGAUGUCAACCAUGCAACUGUUAAAACCCCAGCUGGGGAAAAGGCUGUCCGGGAGCUUGUGGUUGAUGAUGCCUGGUUGAAUGGUGAAUUCAUAACUACUGUCCAACAACGAGGUGCUGCAAUCAUUAAAGCUAGAAAGCUCUCCAGUGCACUAUCUGCUGCCAGUGCUGCAUGUGACCACAUUAGAGACUGGGUUCUUGGAACUCCUGAGGGUACCUGGGUGUCAAUGGGAGUUUAUUCUGAUGGAUCUUACAAUGUGCCUGCUGGACUGAUCUAUUCAUUCCCUGUCUACUGUCAAAAUGGAGAAUGGAAAAUUGUUCAAGGACUUAAUAUUGAUGAGUUCUCAAGGAAGAAACUGGACCUGACAGCAGAAGAGCUCUCCGAGGAGAAGGCCUUGGCUUACUCAUGCCUCUCUUAGACCGCUGCUUGUUUACUUUUGCCUUGUGACAAUCGCGGUUUCCCUUGUUUACCUAUAGAAUUAGGCGCAAUUUUUGAAUAAUGCCUUUCCAAGAUCCGGAGAAACUUUUGAUGGAGUCUCCAUUUUUUUGGAAAUUACUUGUGUAUUGUAGUGUCUGUUCCGUAGUAUAUUUGAGCUUCAUGAUUUUUAACUCAUGGCCAUGGAUCAGAGGCGUAAUCUUAUAUGCUUAUGAAGCUUAUGUGACCAAUCUAGGUCUUUAUUUUCGGUUUUUGGUGUGUGAAUGCCAAUGCAAGUCUUUUCUUUUUUUUCUUUCUAUUUUCAUCAUGUACUUGGUGGAAACAAUGUUUUGGUAAUUUGGUUAUACUUUUUUACUAGUGUAAGUCGUUACAAAGGGUCAAUAACUCAAAAUAGUAAAGUCAUAUUUCUUCUCUCUGA